AUGGUGAACACAUUCCGAUCUAUUGCUGGCCUGGCAGCUCUUUCAAGCUUUGCCAGUGCCAAGCUUUACGAACUCCCCCAAGCCACAACUUCGUUCAACUUUCCCCUCGACCAAUUCAGCCCUCAGCCGACCAAAGCCCCGGCAUACGCUGAUUUGAGGAAACGACAAACAUCAACGACGACCACCGUCCUCGUCGCUCCUGAUAACACCUGUGGCUACAUCUCUGGGCGUGCCGGCGCCGCAUACACCUGCGGGACCGCCGCCAGUUGCAUCUUCUUCACUUCGGUGAACGUCGACACCCCCGGCCGAGUUGCCUGCUGUGACGCCAGCGACUGCGGUGCUCGACGGACAUGCUACGAUUCUAGACAGGUCUCAGUGUCUAGUCUCUGCGAUGGCGGCUGCCUCGUUGAUCGCUUCACCCUCAAGUGUACCAGCACUGGCCGGCCCUACUGCAACACCAUCUCCUUUGCAAAUGGCAUCUUUGACUAUUGGUGCAAUACGGCAGAGAUCUCGACCCCGCAAGCCGCAACAACCACCUACGCGGGCGGACCGGCGCGCAACUGGACCCCACUCGCCCUGACGGACGACACCACGUCCAGCAGCGUCAUCCGGCCGGCCAGCUCCGGAUUCAUCACGGGGACGGCGAGCGGCUCUGUGUCCGCACCCUCCAUAACCAACCCCCCCGACAACAACAAUAACGACAACAACGGCAUUAACAACAAUAAUAACAACAACAAUUCCUCCGCCCCCGUCGGUGCCAUCGUCGGAGGCGUCAUCGGUGGCAUCGCUGUUAUCGCCCUCAUCUCCUUUGGAAUAUUUCUCAUUCUCCGCAAGAAGAAGAAGCAGCCACAGCCCGGACCUCACGGCCAACCUCCCAUGAUGAACCAGCAGCAGCCACCCCCAAUGGGUUACGCCCCAGCACCUCAGGGCUCGCCCUCGCAGUACGCCGCCCAAACGAACACGCAGUCCCUCUACGAUCCCAAGUUUGGCGGCCAGGGCGGUUACCCGCAGAGCUACGGCGGCACGCCCCCUCCACCUCCUCCUGGCCCCCAGGGCGGCUAUCAGCAGCCGGUCUACUACAACGGCAACAUGGCGGCCCCCGACCGCGCGGACACGACGAGCCCCAGCGCCAUGUCCCAGGCGACGCACAAUAACCGCCUCAGCACGCAGCCCGUCAGCCCGAGCCACCCGCAAGGCGGGUUCCAGCAGUUUGGUGGUGGUGGACAGCCGCAGCCGCAGUCGACUAUCCACGAGGCGCCUACUAGUGGUGACGGGCACAAGGGGCAUAUGCACGAGCUUGCUUAA